AUGGCCCUACAGGCUCCGCUCGCGCAGCUUCCCAGCCUGUUCGCCAUUGGUCCCGAUGUCUUGACAACAUUACCCUCAUUUUUCACUUCGCCGCUGGCCACUCUGCGCCGUCAUCGUCUCGGGCGACGGCGGUCGGACGGAGAUAUAUCAACUGUUCGGCCAUCACAUUCAAUAACGACCAAGAGGGUUAAUAUGUCGAAUGAAUCGUCCAAGAUUGCCCUUCCUGAGUUCUUGUCCUCCGUUCCGAUCGACGCCCUCCGCUCGGACCCGCCCCAACUCACUCCUCCUCAGUCGCACCCUUGGGUUUCGAACAAGUUACGUACAACUACCUUACCGUAUCAAAACCCUCUUCAAGUCAUACGGCGGUCUAUCUCAACCAGUGUGCCGGUGGCCCCGGCCGUGCGAAUGGCCACCAGAGCGAACACGAGUCAUCCUCGAACCCCGUCUCCGAUGACCUCUCUUCUCUUCGGUCCUCCACGUAGAGGGGAUUUGCCUUUCCAGAACCAACGUCGGAACUUCUCCAGCACAUUCCAGCCGGCCUCCAACCAAAACCUGCUUGCACAUGCGGAGCGAACGGCCAACAACAAUCCCAACAGCCCUACGGCGCAAAAUGCUUUUUACGCGGCUCUUUUGCGAGCGAAUAUGCCCAAGAUUGUCAUCGAGCGAUACAAGUCUGGACGCUACGCCACUAGUCCGGCCGCCGAAGCAUCGUAUCUCAAGGCCUUGCAAAUGACGGGUUCAUUGGCGAAUGGGGCUGUGUCGCCGGACAGUGAGCUAAACCCUCAAAAACUGCAAGCGGUCGCGCAGUCCGUGGCUGCCCACCAAUAUGGCGGGCACAUGGUCAUGCCGGGAAACAAAUCCGGUACCGGCGCCAAGGAUUCACCAUUAUAUGUCGUCGUGGAAGAGUCAUGGGGAGCCACGGUGCUGAAGUGGGUCAAGACAUUUCUCUGGGUGGGCCUGGCGGGAUACUUCCUUCUGGUCAUCCUCACCAUGGUUGUUGAAUUCUCGGGGACCUUGAGGACCCGAGUGGGACAGAACAAUGAAGUCCAACCUCAACACCAGACGGUUCGUUUUAGUGACGUCCACGGUUGCGAUGAAGCCAAGGAAGAACUCCAAGAAUUGGUUGAAUUUUUGACCAAUCCCGAGAAAUUCAACCAAUUGGGGGGCAAACUUCCCAAAGGCGUCCUCUUAGUCGGCCCACCCGGCACGGGAAAGACGAUGCUUGCCCGCGCUGUCGCCGGCGAAGCGGGUGUCCCGGUCUUCUACAUGUCUGGUUCCGAGUUCGACGAGUUAUAUGUCGGCGUGGGUGCGAAGCGUGUCCGAGAUCUUUUUGCCCAGGCUCGGAACAAGGCCCCGUCCAUCAUCUUCAUUGACGAACUGGAUGCGGUGGGAGGCAAACGAAAUGCUCGUGAUCCCGCCUAUGCCAAGCAGACGCUGAACCAGUUGUUAACCGAGCUCGAUGGGUUCAGUCCGAGCACGGGGGUCAUUCUGAUCGGCGCGACCAACUAUCCCGAGUCUCUGGACAAAGCGCUCACUCGACCGGGACGAUUCGACCGACACGUCAACGUGCCUCUACCUGAUGUUCGAGGCCGCAUUGAGAUUUUGAAGCAUCAUAUGAAGAAUAUGCCCGUAGCCGCCGAUGUGGAUGUGACCAAUCUGGCCCGAGCUACCAGUGGGAUGUCGGGUGCCGAUCUCGCCAAUCUUUGCAACCAAGCAGCCGUGAAUGCGUCCCGGUUGAAGUACAAGAAGGUCAAUGCACAAAAUUUUGAAUGGGCCAAGGACAAGAUUAUGAUGGGUGCGGAGGCCAAAUCCCGGAUGAUUCGAGACAAAGACAAGAUCAUGACGGCUUACCAUGAAGCUGGUCACGCUUUGGUCAACCUGUACACCCCGAACAGCAGUCAAUUAUACAAGGUCACCAUUAUUCCCCGUGGCCAAGCGCUGGGUGUGACACAUUUCUUGCCGGAAAUGGACGCGGUGAGCCGGAGUUAUGACCAAAUGCUGGCUCAAAUUGACGUUUCAAUGGGUGGCCGAGCAGCAGAAGAACUGAUCUAUGGUCCCAACAAGGUGUCGAGCGGUAUUGCAGGUGACGUCCAAUCCGCCACGGCAACAGCGUGGCGCAUGGUGACCUCAUUCGGCUAUUCGCCUAAGCUUGGAAAUGUGGAUUUGGCGUCGGAUUAUGAACGGUUGUCGAGCGAAACGAAGCAGGAAAUUGAACACGAGGUUCGAGAAAUUGUCGAAGGAGGCCGACAGCGGGCCGAUCGAAUUGUCAAGGAGAAGCGAAAAGAGCUGGAAACGCUCAAAGACGCCCUCAUCGAAUUUGAAACACUCGAUCGAGAAGAAGUCCUGAGGAUUCUGAGAGGAGAAAAAUUGAAACGACUGGAAGUGGAACUUCGGGAGAAGGACGAAAAUGAUAAAGGAAGUGGCGGACCCCCCCAGCCUAAGAAGGAUAAAGAGACUGGACCCAAAGGAAAUGUUGGCAUCAAGCUUCCGGACGUGCUACUUCCAGGUGGAGCGGGUAGCCGAGGAGGUGAAAGGGAGAGUGCUUGA